AUGGUGUCCUCCCUGCUCCAGGCGAGCAGCCGGAACCGCGGCACCCGAAUCCCUAGCUUUGAGGAACUGAAGCAUGCGCUGUGCGAUCAGCGUGGGGUGAAGCCGGGCCGCUCUCCAACUCGCCUGGUCUGCGAGCAGACAUUUGUAAACACGACGACGAAGACCGUGCACGUCGUGCACUGCCGCUGCGCCCACCUCUGCAGCGCGUACCAGAGUGGAAAGGAGCUGGAGGAUAUCGUGUGGUGCGACUUGGCGAUGCAGGUUUGCACGUUGUGCGGCAUGCCUGGCGCCUGCGUCGCGUGCUACCACCCAGAAUGUGCGGAGAUCUACCACGUCGUCUGUGCGCUCUUCAGCGUCGGGUACGUCAACUUUGGGAAGAAAGAUCCGUACCUUCCAUGCCCGGCAUGCCCCCGCCACACGCAGGUGGUGCUGCCGAACAAAAAGCGCAAAGAUGAGGUGCUGCACACCGAUGAGAGUUGCUGGACGGACGACAUCGCCUUCGACUCGCGCGUGGUCACCGCAACGGAUUUACGUGAUCCGGACGAAAAUGACGGAGAGUGA